AUGUUCACACACUUUAAGAGGCUCCCACCAGAGAUUCGCGCCGCAAUCUGGAAGUUGGCCUUUGGUGGCGGCCACAUCGUCAGCCCGGAGGCAAUCAAACACACCCCACCAGCUGCCAGCUUGGCAAACAGGGAAUCUUGGGCAGAGUACACGAGACUGGAGUUUAUGGUGACCCUCGGCGGCGGGCGCGUCUACUUUGACCCAGAGACCGACAUUGUUGUCUAUUCGCGACUCACAGAUUGCCCCCCUGAGCAAGGCGACCCUCGACUGCAGAAUGACAUCCACCGAAAGUACCGCAGAUACGUCGCAACAAACGGGCGAAUGCAACCCCCUCUCCUGCCCCAGCCCAUCGCGAACCCACACCCGGGACUCAGGACUGCCAUGAUCAUCACAGGGAUAUCGCAUUCCAAAGACCACACUCGGAUGACAUGGGAACCUUUUUCGCGCGACAGGAAGGAUUUGGUCGAGAGCCAUAAGCGAGACCCCAUCAUGAAGUUGCCUAAGAUGCUCAUCAAAGACUUUCCGAAUUUGGGGACUUUGUGGCGCGCGGGAAGCUGUCCGUGGAGCUGUAAAUAUCUCACCUAUGAUCAAUAUCUCACCUAUGACCGCUGCACGGGCGGGUGGCCCCCCAAGUUCUUGCAAUUCCGAUACUACAGCUCGUCGGAGCGCGUUAUGAUCAGGGACAUGCCGAAGCCUGCCAGACGCGAGUUCUGGAGGAUCCAGAGGCAAGCCACACGAAGCCGCAUCGAACAAUCGUCGGCUUACAGAGUCGUGGCGGCCAUCCACAUCAUCCGUGAGAGGGAUAUCGCACCUGCCGACAUGACGGACGGCUGGAGAACCGUGCGGACGUUCGAAGAGGAGACGGCGGGAGGUCGGGAUGAGCUGGAGUCCGACCUCCUGCCUGAUAGGCUUUGGUGGAUGAUCCUCGGGGGAGAGAUUGGUCGUUACAUUGGUUAG